CAUCAUUACAACCUCAAUGUCUUUUCGCUGGCUCACCGACCAGCUCCAAAGAUGCCUUUCCGUUUCCUUGACCUGCCUGGGGAGAUCCGGAACAAAAUCUACUAUCAGACCAUUCUCUGCAACGUCGAGCCUCCAAAUAUGACCCUCAUCCAUGAGGCUCCCACCGAACUUAAAUACCUGCGACACAGGUUCUAGCCACAAAUACAUAGCACCUGUCGGUCUGUUAGCAAUGAGGCCAGUUACAUCACGGCCAAAACAAACCUCCCCGCCAAGAUUACGAUCACGAUUCAUUUGCCGAAGUUCGUCCUAUCGUCGUGGUCAAAUGCUUGCCUAUCUUGGUACUGGAUCAGACCAAUCUCAACAACCUCAAAUGUUUCGUCAUAUCCCACGAGAUAGGUAAGCGUACCAAUGACUGAGAAACACCAAUGUCUCCGCCCACCUUUGUCCUUCUGCAUCGAGACCUCGAAAUGUUCUGCGAAGGCCUCUCACAUUUCCAAUUCACCAUCGAACAACACCAUGAACAUAUUUCACAAAUAAUUACUCUUGUAGAUCCUUUUCAAAAUGGGCCUCGUACCUCGGAAGUCUCUUCCCGGAAGUUUCAGGAUAUGCUCAUUGCUCCCUACCGCCUCAAGCUGCGUGGAUCCCCCCAUUUUGUGGCCAAGGGUGCUAUCUCAGAUGAUCUUGCUGUUGCUGCUAUGGCGCAGAUUACUUGGCCACGGAUGGGAGAUUACGAGAUUGUUCUCUCGGAACUGGAAGAGUUGAAGGCGAAGGGAAAUGAAAGUUUCCGAAUGGGGGAUUUGCCACUUGCCAGCGAGAAUUGGUCUAGGGCCUUGAUUAAUAUGCGUCAGCUUAUGCAAGGUCCGCCAGGCGCAAAGCUGGAGGGCCAGACUUUGUCAAUCGAAUGAAUGCGC